CUGGUGGAGAAGAAAGGGAGCUCCAGGUGUGUUAUGAUUGGAGGUUGUUUGCCCCGGAUGCUGGAGGCUGGCUAACUAGAAGGGGCGCGUCGGUGAUUGGCUAGGGAGCAUGUUUGGCUUUCUCUGGUUGGUCCUGAGUUGCAGAAAUCGAGACCGGGAAGAAGCUGGCAGACACGGAGUCCUGAUUGUUCUGAGCCCACCGCUGCAGACGUUAUGGUUUGGCUUCCCAGGCUGGUUACUGCAGACGUUUGGGUUUUGGGAGAAGCCAGCUAUCGUGUUGUGAGGACAUUCAAGCAACCCUAUGAAGAGGCCCAUGUUGUGGGAGCUGAGCCUCUUGCCAACAGCCAGUACCAGCUUGCCAGUCAUGUAAAUAACCCAUCUUGGAAGGGCACCCUCCAGCCCAUAUGCCCUCAACUGACUGCAACUUCAUGAAAGGCCCGGAGCCAGAACGACCCAGGUAUUCGGGAUGUGCACCUGGAGCUGAAGGACCUGACUCUGUGUGGACGCAAGGGCAACCUGCACUUUAUACGCUUUCCCACUCAUGACAUGCCUGCUUUUAUUCAGAUGGGCAGAGAUAAAAACUUCUCGAGUCUUCACACUGUCUUUUGUGCCACUGGAGGUGGAGCGUACAAAUUUGAGCAGGAUUUUCUCACAAUAGGUGACCUUCAGCUUUGCAAACUUGAUGAACUAGAUUGUUUAAUAAAAGGAAUUUUAUACAUUGACUCAGUUGGAUUCAAUGGACGGUCACAGUGCUAUUACUUUGAAAACCCUGCUGAUGCUGAGAAAUGUCAGAAGUUACCAUUUGAUUUGAAAAAUCCAUACCCUCUGCUUCUGGUGAACAUUGGCUCUGGGGUUAGCAUUUUAGCAGUAUAUUCCAAAGAUAAUUACAAGCGGGUCACGGGUACCAGUCUUGGAGGAGGAACUUUUUUUGGUCUCUGCUGUCUUCUCACCGGCUGCAGCACUUUUGAAGAGGCUCUGGAAAUGGCAUCUCGUGGAGAUAGCACCAAAGUGGAUAAACUAGUUCGAGACAUUUAUGGAGGGGACUAUGAGAGGUUUGGACUGCCGGGCUGGGCUGUGGCAUCCAGCUUUGGAAACAUGAUAAGUAAGGAGAAGCGAGAGGCUGUCAGUAAAGAGGACCUCGCCAGAGCAACGUUGAUCACCAUCACCAACAACAUUGGCUCAAUAGCAAGAAUGUGUGCCCUUAAUGAAAACAUUAACCAGGUGGUAUUUGUUGGAAAUUUCUUGAGAAUUAAUACGAUCGCCAUGCGACUUUUGGCAUAUGCUUUGGAUUAUUGGUCCAAGGGGCAGUUGAAAGCACUUUUUUCGGAACACGAGGGUUAUUUUGGAGCCGUUGGAGCACUCCUUGAGCUGUUGAAGAUCCCCUGAUCACCUGGGGAGGGUUCCUGGAACAUUGCACAAUGGGAUCUGUGAACUUUUGUUUUUUAAGAGACUUACUCAAUUUUAUGAUGGUGUACUACCCAAAUCAAAGCAAGGAAGGAUGAGUGUAUUUUUCUAAGUCAUCAAGAUAAAUCCUUAAAAAUUUAGUCGAAACUAGUAACCACUAAGGAAAGAUACAUAUAAAAAAAAGUGGACAUGUCCACGGCAGUGAGGAUUUGCUGCAGUUAAGUUGCUCUUCAGUAUAGCUUUGUUAAACCUGCCAUGUGUUUUUGAAAUUCCCCGUGUCACUUACUGGGAGCCACUUCAGGGGAGAGCUGUUCAGUGUUCAGCUGGCUGGUUUUGUGUCCUGUUGAACUUGCUAAAUGUAAGGCAAGUACUAUAUGUUGUAAUCUCAUCACAAUGUAGUCAGUAUAGCCUUGGAGAUCAUUAUCUGUGAAUUAACUCUGGUGUUCAUUUAGCCUCUGUGUGAACAUAUUGAAAAACAUGUUUUAUUUAAGGUUCUGCAAACUUAGAGUAAUUCUGUACUUGUAAUUUUGGCAAUUGAGCCACUUUGGGGAAGGGCAUUUCCAGGUUACUCUACACUGCAGAUCCUGGGAAGGUGUGUCUGGAAAGAUGGGACUUAGUCCACCCUGGGAAGAAUGCCCUUGGGGGGGCGUGGGGGGGUGGGAGGUAGGGAGUUAAGCGGAGUUAAGCUAGUAGAAAAAGUGCACCUGGAAGACUAAAACCAGACUUCUCGAAUCGACAUUUUCAGGGAAUUGGGGAGAAUCUGAUUGUUUCCGGCUGGUAGAAAGUGAGGAAUUGAAGUCCAUUGAUUAACUCCUAGGGGCAGGGUAGGGAACUUUUGCCUUCCUCUCCCACUCAAGGUUUUUACUUGCCGGAAGCUGGCAAGGCUGGCUCUGAGCUUGGGGUAGGACUGAGCAUGAGGGCUGCAUGUGCGAGGCUCAAAAGGCAGCUUGAGGAGUCUUGGUAAAUAGAGAUUUAAGAUGGAGUCUCGGUAGAGAUUGACUUAGAGCGUUUUCUUUCUGCUGUGCAGAAUAAUUUAAAAAACCUUCCCCUUGGAGAUAGAAUAUUGUUUUGAGUCUUAUCUUGUGUAUUUUUGUGCCUGCAUUGCUGUUGAAGGCCAUGAAAGGUCUGUAUAAAGCAGCCUUUGAACUAGAAGGUAACCUCAAGGCUCUGCAGCCUCCUUGCGCCUGGCAGGGACCUAGGUUGGAAGAGUGCAGGGCUGGGUCACCAAGGGAGGAGGGUCGGUCGGAUCCCUUGGCACCCUUUUGUGUUGGCCGCGUGGGGGCAGCAGAGGCACGUGCCAGCUCUGGGACCAAGGGCAGUUGCUUGCGGGGCAGGGAGUGGCCAUUUCUCAAGGGCGCCUCUCAAUGCAGCUGGGCACCAGUGGGUUUGUGGGUACUGUCAGCCUGGUGCAGGCCAGCAGAACUGGAGGAAAGCUGUGGGAAUGGGACUUGUGGCUCCCGGGAGCCAGUCAGCCUCUCUUCUGCUGUUGCUGGCCCUUGCGGGCCUCAGCCCGAGUCCCCUCUAAUCUCGUCUGCGCUUGGUGGCCCCACCUUCCC